GGCAGCGCCGUCAGUCUGGGAAAUUGGAACAGGCGCAGUGGCGGCAGGUGCGUUGUUCGACCUGUGAGUGAGAACGAUUUUUUUUUGCCGGAAGAGCUCACCUUUGCUUGACAUUUGAAAAAUACAGUCAGAAGAAGAACGCCCGAUAAGGCAAGUUUAGAGGACAUGGAGCAAUCACCAUUCAGCAGAGGGCAAUGGGCUUCUCAGUCUCUGCGGGUCACUGCCAAAGAGCUGUCCAUCGUUAAUAAAAGAGGAUCAGCCGCGCUCAGGGAGCGUUUUUCGAAGUAUCAGAAGGCAGCGGAGGAAGCAAGCAGUGACCGAAGAAAGUUUGGCACUGAAACUCCGGCCCCUAACCUGAGGAAGGGAAUCCUGAGCAUCUUGAAGAAGAAGUGGGAAGUUCCGGAAUCUGCAGCACAACCUCUGCCUCCAAAGUCGCCUGUCAGAGUUAUCCGACCUCUGGUCGUUGCUGUCAGCCCAAAACCAGACGCUAGUCUGGAGCUUCUGAGCAAGUCGGAUCAGAAUUCCAAGAGCCCCUCUGCCACAAGAAACAAGUCUCCCAAGAGCCCGGCAGCCUUGAGCAGAUUUUCUUACCCUAGUGCAGAGAGCGACAGGCAGGCUACGGGCUGGAAGAUGGAGAGAGCGCUUUCAAAAGAGGGCAAUGAGGUGGAGAACGGAACAGCGCAAGACCCGACCAUCUUCCAUAAAAUUGAAAAGUUUAACGUCCCACUGAACAGCUUGAAGAUGAUGUUUGAGAAGGGUGAUUCGAAUGCUCAGACCAAGUGCAGGCAGCACGAACUCCCAGUCAAGCAGGCUGCCCGAGAUCGGCACCACAAGUCUGACGUUUCCAAGAAGUGGUUAGACAAGACUGCAGAAGGCAGCUGUCUGAUUGAAGGCGUGGUGGAGAACAAAGCCAGGGCCGGGAGCACAAGUGGCUUUAAAUCUGAUGAUUCGGACCAUACCUCGCCGGGAACGAGCCCUGAUAAAACUGAAUCUAAGGUUGGUACGGAGUUGGCAGACAUGCAGGAGCAGACAUCAGUGAAAGACAGAAUGGCAUUGUACCAGGCUGCUGCAUCACAGAAGGAGACCAACCUCCAAUCUCCUACAACUUUGGAAGAGCAUGUGGCGCCGGGGGAAGUGGUCGGCUCCAAGGAACUGUGGGAGACCAGGGAAGUGGCCAGUCCGAAGAAGCUGUCACAGUCUGACAUAUGCACCAGUGACCUUGAAAUACACGCAAGCAACGGCAAUGAACAGAAAGAGAAUGUGCCACCAGAACCUUUGACCAGCACCUCCCCCCAUGCGGAGCUGCAGAAGGGCUCUGUGAUUGAGAGCACCCAAUCCUCUUGGAAAAGUUUGCUUUCUGAAAGAUGGGGAGAUGCCCAAGAAAAUGAAGGGAUGUCAAAGCUUUCAACUGACGAUAUAAAACAACAAAGACCAACCAUGGAAAUACAAAAUAUUCCAGCCAAACCUGUUAAGAAGUUCCAACUCCCAGCUCGGGAGCUGUGUGUCACCUGCCAAAAGACAGUCUAUCCCAUGGAGCGCCUGGUCGCAAACCAGCAGGUGUUUCACAACGUCUGUUUCCGUUGUAGCCACUGUAACAUGAAACUCAGCCUUGGGAGUUUUGCCUCCCUGCAUGGGAACGUCUACUGCAAGCCGCACUUCAGUCAGCUCUUCAAGGCCAAGGGGAAUUACGACGAGGGAUUUGGCCACAAGCCCCACAAAGUGCUGUGGAUGUCCAGGAGCGAGAGUGACCCCGUGGAGAGCAAGGCUGAUGAUGCCUCGGACAAAGCUGAGGCCAAGGCUGAUGGCUCUGGGGUGGAUGAGCUUUCUAUCGCCAAGGUUGGGGUUCUGGCUGCCAGCAUGGAGGCCCUAGUUUCCAGUUCGUCACCUGAAAAGGUGGAGAAACUUGUCGAAACGAAGAGGUUGAGAAUAGCUUGGCCUCCCCCCACAGAAGCGGGGGGUAAAGGAGCCAGCGCCGCUGAAGAGGGCAUCAGAGUUCACAAACCAAAAUGGCCUCCAGAGGACGAGCGUCAGCAGUUGGUCAAGAGGAACUCUGAUUUUGCCGGAGGCUCCAGGCUGAGGCGGAGCGCCUCGCUGAAGGAGCGAUGGCGACCCUUCACCGUGGCCGAGCCCCUGAAGCCAGAGGUGGUCCAAGAGCCAGUGAGGAGCCCGCAGCCCGAGAAGAAGGUAGCCCAGGAGGCAGUCGUCAGUCAAGAAGUCGAGGGGAAGACUGAACCAAAGAAGGAGAGGAAGCAAAGCCUAGAAGAUGAGCCGCCAGUGGUGGCCGAGCUCGGGGGCGAGAGCGGAUCGGUGGCCGGCGACGAGGUGGAGGUCCAGAACGAGAAUGGCCACCAGCCCCCAGGCAAGGACAUGGGGAAAGAUCAACCAGAAGAGGUGGCAGGAGAACCCGAUCUGCUGGAGGAGAGGGAGCUGGAAUCCCGGCACGAGCCGAGUGCAGAGCAAACCCCGCCGGACUCUCCUGCCUUGAGCGAGUCCCCGGAGAAUGAGAAAAAACUGGAAGACGUUGGUUUUUGGGAGGGGGAUGAAAACGAGGAAGUGGAAGGGAGCAAGGAACUGUCGGUGGAAGAACAAAUCAAGAGAAAUAGGUAUUAUGAAGAUGAGGAUUAGAUACUGUGGAUAUGGUGAUUUACAUGUUUUAAUUGGUGACUGGCCUUUUGGGUUCUAGAUGUCAGUAUCGGGUCUCCUUCCUGCUGCAAAGUGGUUUAUUCACGUGCCUAUGUCAAAAUUAACAUUUUGAAAAGAAAAAUAACUAUUUGUAGUAAGAGGAACUGACUGCUACAUUUAAGUUUAGAGGGACACUCUGAAAAGGACUCUGUGUUUGGGCACACUGUGAAUCCUAUUUCCUCUCCACUGGUAAUUGUUGCCAACCCCAAAAGGUGUGUGUUGGAAAGUGGCGGUGGGAUCGUCGCAGUUAAAGCUGCAGUGAGGAUCGUAGCUCUGGGCAACACUCACUCACUCGGCUCCAACACUAUAUAAAUAACCUUCUGGCUCAGUUGUGACUCCUUUUACACAUUCUAUUUGGUCGACUCCUUUAAUGCCCCUUCCAAAUGGUCUCCCAAUAUUUGUUGUAGAAAGGAUGUAUUAGGCUGAUCAAGAAAUAAUGUAACAAUCCAAUAACUAAAGGCACCUAGAUUAUCAAGGUUUUAUGGAGCAAAAAAAAGUCAGUAACUGAGAUUGAGGUAGCUGUGUCUUUUUUUUUUAUUGCCCAGCCCGUCUACAGAACAGCCUUGAAGUGAAAGGCUAUCGCACGCUCUGCUCUAUUUUUUGGGCAUCAUACUUGAUUGAAUGAGUUUGCCAGCGAGCUAGAGAUCAGUCACUCGCAUCGCGGAGGCUGAAUGUUUUGUCACCAGCCUGCUUUAACAACAGUCUUCCCUAUAUGGGAGUUUCACGGAUGGGUAACCAUGUCAUUGCAAGGAUUAUUGCCUUUUGCAUCCAAGUUGUGCAUCAAAUUCCAGUGAGAUGAAAAUGGAGGCAUUAGAAUAACGCCACUUUUGCAGCAAUGUUGUAGGUUGCCAACCUGACAUUAGUCUUCAGUCAAUCGGCCUUUGUUCCCCCUUCUCUGUAUCAUUUUAAACCUUGUUUUUACAUACGGACAGCAUGUGUAUGAGGACGGGAUGCUGCUGAAAAUAUUAAAUGUUUUUGAUUUUAUCUUAGAUGGGAAGUGAAGAGUUUGAUAAUAUGUGCUAUGGUUUGCAGUUUUAAUCUGACCUUUCUGGUAUUUGCUAAAUGCUCCCCAGCGUUGGACUCUGCUUCCUGGGCGUGUGUUGGGCGUACCACUACAGCCUCUUGUGGUACUUGAUUUGGUUUAAGGUGAUCUUUCAUUUUAAUCGCAGGUAAAGUCGGUCUUUUUAUUAUAUUGUGCUUGAUGUUGCUCACUUUACUGUUAAUCAUUGCGUUCUUAGUUCCAAUUAAAAAAGCAAUGAUGCAUAGAUUGCUGGGGACCUCUUCACUGCCCGGGGAUUACUUUCUUGCUCUGUGUCCUGUGUUGAGACAACCAAAUGAUAAGUAGAUCUCCAACAACACAUUAUCACCAGACAUCACAAAGUUUCUUUGAAUAGUGAUACCAACUGUCCACGAUGCUGUCUGGGUCAGCGUUACAUCGGAGCCCAUUGUGUUGUGGACCCCAUCUCUGGUAACUGAGUCUGCCCACACUCGUUCUCUGGGAGACCCCUGCAGCCACCAGAUGAGGAAAGACUUGCAUUCCAUUCAUCCAGGCUGGAAUUCCUACUGCUCAGUCCCCAAAACACAGAGGCACAUAGUCGAGCUCGUCCAUUGAAAUCAGAAAUGGCUCAAGAAACAUUCGAAUUGAACUUUGGAGUAAAAGGACUGAUGACCGAUACUGUUGACUUUUGCUUAAAACUAUUUUCUAGUGUGUAUUGUCUGUGUCAUGAUUUUUUUUGUUUAGCAUGUAAUAAAUAAUAAACUCUUUAGUAUGAAGU